AUUGUGGUUGAGGGCAAGUGGCCGCUGAGGCCAGAGAAGCCAGAUAGGCGCCAUGUUUGAUAUGAUCAAACAUUGGCGCCCUUAAAGAAUCCAGAGACAACUGGAGCCAGGAUGUCGCCAUAUUUUCUGAAGACACCUUCCGGGUCUCUUAACCCGGCUGUCUAAAUCCAAGCUGCCAUGAAGUGAAUAAACACCGAGGGGUUUCGUUUGUCCCCAUCACAACCCCCCCGAAUCCCUAGCAGCCAGUCCCUGCUACCUCGGUGCCCUCGACUGCGUCCGGACGCUAAGGCUGGGCGGGGCCCCGGCCUCCGGAGCCCUUCCUGUGGACGACGAAAGCUGAGGCCGCGCGCGGGGAGGCAGUGGCCUGGGGGACUGGGCGGCUGCUGCUCGGGGCCGGGAGGCCCCAUGGCGCCCCCCCCAGCCCCGCUCCUGGCGCUGAGACCGGGGGAUACCGGGGUUGGUUGUAAGAAGCCUGGGGCCGUGAGCUUCGCGGACGUGGCCGUGUACUUCUCCCCGGAGGAGUGGGGGUGUCUGCGGCCCGCGCAGCGGGCCCUGUACCGGGACGUGAUGCGGGAGACCUACGGCCACCUGGGCGCGCUCGGAUUCCCAGGCCCCAAACCAGCCCUCAUCUCUUGGAUGGAACAGGAGAGUGAGGCUUGGAGUCCCGCCGCCCAGGAUCCUGAGGAGGGGGAAAGCCUGGGAGGAGCUCUGAGAGGAGGCACCCCAAACCAGAAGGAAGAGGCACCAGAGGAAGGGCCAGGAGCCAAGGGACCCAGAAAGACUCCUGGGAAGGAGCCUUCUAAAGAGCUGGUUAAACACAACCCUGACUGGACCGUAAGAAAGGUUUUGGCAAGAGCACAGCAACCCACCAGCGCUGCCUGGAACCAGAGCACAGGUGUGCAGCCCUCGGUCCCGGUGCCCGGCGUGGACACUCAGGACAGCCAGCGGCGUCACGUGUGUGCGGACUGUGGCCGCCGCUUCACCUACCCCUCGCUGCUGGUCAGCCACCGGCGCAUGCACUCAGGGGAGCGGCCCUUCCCCUGCCCCGAGUGUGGCAUGCGCUUCAAGAGGAAGUUCGCUGUGGAAGCCCACCAGUGGAUCCAUCGCUCUUGCUCUGGGGGGCGGCGGGGUCGGAGGCCUGGGAUUCGGGCUGUGCCUCGGGCUCCGGUGCGGGGGGACCGGGACCCGCCGGUGCUGUUCCGACACUACCCGGACAUCUUUGAGGAGUGCGGGUGAGCUGCUCCAGCAGGCUGGGGUGGAGCCUGACCUUGGACUGCCUGGGCCCCCCAGGGAGGCUCCUGAGUCAGGGAUUUGGGAACCAGAAAUUCAUCCCUUGGGCUUCCCUCGAGGAUCCCUCAAGUUUUCAAACUUGUAAAAAGAAAAGUGCCUGUAAAGAUUCAAAUAGAUUAAACUUGACGCUACUCCCCUCUCAGGCUUUCUAAAAAACUGAAGAGGGUAGACUUUUCUCAAAGUGUUCAUCUCAGCAGCACAUGCCACCGAGAUCUUUCUGGGGUCUCAGAAACCAGCCCUUGCUGCUUCUCUACAGAGGAAGCAAAUGCUGAGGGGACUAAGGCCUGGGGAGGCCCCAGGGGGUGGCGAAGCCCUGGCUAAUUGACAGCAGCAGGGAGUCUGGGAAGUGAAGUGGGUGGAAAGAACACAGAUGCAUGGAUCUAGUCUCUGCAACUUGUCCCCAGGCACAGCUGGUAAGUCACAUGCCAUCCCUGAGCCUCAGCUCCCUCACCUGUAAAAUAGAGAUUCAUAAUAUCUACCUCAGAGGGUUACUGUGAAGGCUGAAAUUUUAACAAGGUAGUAUGUACAACAUAGUAAUUGUGCAAUAAACAUUUGUGGGAAGAACAAA